AGGCGCGGGGCGCCGGCUUCCCUGAGGCGAGGGGCAGCGGUGCUUGGCGCAGGGACGGCCUCUGCCGCUCCACCCGCUCCCCGGCCCCGGGCGAGGCCGUUCAGCCGCCGCCUCUCCUGCUCGACCGCCGCCGCCGCCGCCAUGGCCAAUGACAGCGGUGGGCCCGGCGGGCCGAGCCCGAGCGAGCGAGACCGGCAGUACUGCGAGCUAUGCGGGAAGAUGGAGAACCUCCUCCGCUGCAGCCGCUGCCGCAGCUCCUUCUACUGCAGCAAGGAGCACCAGCGCCAGGACUGGAAGAAGCACAAGCUUGUGUGCCAGGGCGGCGAAGGCGCCCCCGGCCACGCAGCGGGCCAGCAGCACCGGCACCCCGGCCCCGCACCGCCGCCCAGGGCCGGCGGGGCGGGGGCCAGGAAGGCAGCGCCGCGCCGGGACCGGGACGGUGCCGCUGCGACCGAGGCUGCGGGCCCUCCGGCCCCCGGAGACGCGGCAAAGGCAAAGCCCCAACUCACGCCCGAACCUGCAGCGGCAGCGUCCCCGCCGCGGUCGGCGCCCGGCGGCCAGGGUUCGGCGGCGGCGGCGGCAGCGGCAGCCGAGGCUGAGCCCGCGAAGGAGGAGUUGCUGGCCCGUCCGCCGCUGUUCCAGGAGAAGGCGAACCUGUACCCGCCGAGCAGCACGCCAGGCGAGGGGCUAAGCCACGGCGGCGGCCUGCGGCCCAACGGGCAGACGAAGCCGCUGCCGGCCCUGAAGCUGGCGGUGGAGUAUAUCGUGCCGUGCAUGAACAAGCACGGCAUCUGUGUGGUGGACGACUUCCUGGGCAAGGAGACCGGGCAGCAGAUCGGCGACGAGGUGCGCGCCCUGCACGACACCGGCAAGUUCACGGACGGGCAGCUAGUCAGUCAGAAGAGCGACUCGUCCAAGGACAUCCGAGGCGAUAAGAUCACCUGGAUCGAGGGCAAAGAGCCUGGCUGCGAAACCAUUGGGCUGCUCAUGAGCAGCAUGGACGACCUGAUCCGCCACUGUAACGGGAAGCUGGGCAACUACAAAAUCAAUGGCCGGACGAAAGCCAUGGUUGCUUGUUAUCCAGGCAAUGGAACGGGUUAUGUACGUCAUGUUGAUAAUCCAAAUGGAGAUGGAAGAUGUGUGACAUGUAUAUAUUAUCUUAAUAAAGACUGGGAUGCCAAGGUAAGUGGAGGUAUACUUCGAAUUUUUCCAGAAGGCAAAGCCCAGUUUGCUGACAUUGAACCCAAAUUUGAUAGACUGCUGUUUUUCUGGUCUGACCGCCGCAACCCUCAUGAAGUACAACCAGCAUAUGCUACAAGGUACGCAAUAACUGUUUGGUAUUUUGAUGCAGAUGAGAGAGCACGAGCUAAAGUAAAAUAUCUAACAGGUGAAAAAGGUGUGAGGGUUGAACUCAAUAAACCUUCUGAUUCAAUCAAUAAAGACGUCUUAUAGAGCCUUUGAUCCAGCAAUACCCCACUUCACCUACAUGAUUGUUGAUGCUAUUUGUUAACUUGUGAAUAUGAAUAAAUGGGGUAAAGAAAAAUAGACAACCAGUUGGCAUUUUAAUAAGGAACCAGAAACAACUUUUUUAUGUUGCUUCAUAAAGAAGAUUUGACUGUGUGGCUUUGUACUGCAUGACUGACUCCAAACCUGUGAUUGCUUCUCAGGAAGAAUACAGGCUCUCAACAGAAAGUGGUAUUUAUUUACAGCUGGACAUGAAAUAGGUGCCCUAGAGAAAAGUUUUUCAUUCUGAUAUUUUGCCAGAUCUGUCAUCUAGCCGAGUUCAUUUCAUAUUUCCCUUUUUUAUAUAGUCAAGUUUAAAUUUGAAGUAAUUUUUGUAUGAUCAGGUACAAUUUAUCAAAACUGGAUUGAGAAAAAAUUACAGCAUUAUUCCCCAAAUAACAUCGAUCUAUUUUUGUAAACCUCUUCGUACUAUAAAAUUUUGCCCAAAAAAACCUCUUAUGAUGAUUAUUGCCAGUGAUUUUCUAGGAGCACUUUAAUUACCAGAUGAAACAUCGGAUUGUUUUGUAGUCCUGUCUCAUACUAAUUCAAACUCUUAAAGAUCACUGCUCUCAUUUUUUGACAUUGUUAAUAAUGAAACAACAGUGAAACCAUCACCAUUAACUACCAAUAACUUUUAGUUCAUGUCCUAUAAGAAAUACACAGGAAGAAGGUUUUAUCUUUUAAUUUUUUUUUAAACUAACAUGACUGGCACUAAAUGAACUUGAUUGAGGUUAUCCUCAGCAUCGGGUUCCAUGGUAAGGGCCUUCUUACCCUUUCAGGUGUCUCCUGUAGAUGUAGAAGAUAAUGUCCCUAGUUCCUAAGAUAUUGCCCUUUGCUUUCCGUCAAGUUGAUUGUACUUCCAACUUUGCUAUUACAUUUUCUUCCUCCCUUCCAUAUGCAUCCCAUCUGAUCUGCAGAUCAAAACCUGUUUCUCCUGGAUCACAUCAAGGGGAGAUUGUAUGCACAUCAAGACUGAACUGUGUUAUUACAGAUGAAGUGCUUAGUGACACCUCAGACUGCUGCUGAGGCAUUCUCCAAAUGUGAUGCUGGCCUCUGUAUCAGUAUUGAAAGAUCGAUGUUUAGCUUAAAAAAAAAAAGUGAAUUUUGUAUUUAUUAUGUUUUAUGAGUUUUCUUUUUUACUUUUUAAAUAUUACAAAAUCACAGCAGGCUGCCCAGACCUCUGUUAUUUGAUUACCAAUUGGGAUGGAUGUCUUAGACUUCAGUUUUCUAGGCUCUUUAGCAAAGUCCAAAGGGUGGUAUCCAUAUUUUGCAUGAAUUAUGGGGUAAGACCAUGCCCACUUCAGUUUUCUAUCUCUGUCUUUGAUCUUUGCCAAAAUAAUGUGAGCAUACAGAAAUAUUUCUGUAUAUUUCAACUUAUUAACAGUUUUAGCAUCUGUAUAGUUUGUAUUCAAUUAGAGACCUUUUCUAUGGAAAGCUCAGUAAUUUUUAUUAAAAGAUUGCUACUGUUCAUGUAAAACAUGAAAAAAAUUGUUUAGUGAAACUGACUGUGGGUUUAGGGUGGGAUUAAUUAUAGAGCAUUGUGAUCUCACUUCAGAGAACUCACAGGAGAAAAUUAGAGUUCAUUGUUGUUUUUUCCUGCUGUGUUCAGUUCUGUUCCACUUCCUCUCCUUGUUCAGAUAACACAAUGUAACAUCUCGUAGAGUAAGUGCCUCUGCUGGCUGAACCUGGGAGCGCCAAGUUGUCUUGGCUGUCUGGCCUGGGGUGCAUGCGCUGCACUGGGCCACUCAAAAGCGCUGUCGUUCUUAGGUCCAGUAGAAAUUGUGUCAUGUUAAUGAGAGAUUUCUUUGAUCGCCAAGGUGUACAGAAAACAGCCUUUUAAUCUAGGAGCCCUGGGUCAUUCAAAUGUAUAUCUCUGCAGUUGUACGAAGUGUCAGACUCUACUUAGUAUCUGUGGUUUGUGCUUGCCCAACAGGUCUUAAAUUUUCUAUUUUUUGAAAAAUUUAAUUUCUUGGAGAUCAUUGUGAAAGGAUCAAGAAAUAACAAGGAUAGUCAUUUCUUUAAUCUAUUUAAAAUCUGUUCAUUUCAUCUUAGUGGGACUGUUAACAUGUCACCAGGCAGGACUUUAAAACAAAAUUUAAAACUAUUUGUGGCCUAUAUGUGUUUAAUCCUGGUUAAAGCUUCUAAUGCUGUUUUUAUUCAACACAUUAACCAGCUGUAAAACAUACACCUUUAUCAACAGCAGGCAAAGAAUUUUCAGGAUUCAUAAAUAGAAAGACUAUAAAGUCAUGUAAUUUGAAAAGCAGUGUUUCAUUAUAAAAGAACUCUCAAUUUGCUUGUAAAGCUAAUCUAAUUAAAAAGAUAUAUAAAUGUUCUUGAAAAAA